GGCUUAGCGCGGUUAUGAUUUUGUAUAAAAGUGCAUGCUGCGCAUCAGACAGCAGUAUAGUUCGCACUUGUCCAUCGGUGGAGCAUUACAUCUCCAGUUCAGUUCAGCUUAAAGCACCCCCACCCACGAACACAUAAGCAGCUGGUGCUCACACAGAACGAUUCACUUUCCUCAACGACUCUCCCAUCCACAUCUCUUCGUCUCGCUGCAGCUUGAUUCAUUUGCGGCAGAAGAGGCAGCUGAAGCAGCAUCCGAUCCGUCAUGCGAUUGCUUUAUGGUGUCAUCACCGUCGUCGUCGUCGUUGUCGUCGGCGGCCUGGUCCACGAUGCGGCAGCUGCGAAACGUGAGGCGCCGCUGAACAACGGCUACUUGCCACCAUCCUCGUCAUCGUCCUCGCACCACAGGCCAUCCUCCAAGUACGGUGCGCCACCGCCCAGCUCUUACCUGCCACCAGCCUCUGGCCCAGCGCCCUCCUUCAAUGCUGCACCCUCCAGCAGCUACGGCGCUCCCCCUCAGAGCAGUUCGUCGGGCGGUCCUUAUCCCGCUGCCGCUCCACGUCCCUCCAGCUCCUAUGGAGCUCCACCACAGCGUCCCUCCUCCAGCUACGGCGCACCACCGAGUCGCCCCAGCCAGUCGUACGGACCACCACCACAGGCCAAGAAGCAUCACCACCGUCGUCCGUCUUCCAGCUACGGCGCUCCGCGACCAGCAGCGCCUUCCUCCUCGUACGGAGCUCCUGCACCGCCUUCCAAGUCUUAUGGAGCACCACAGCAGCCUUUCUCUUCGUAUGGAGCGCCUGCACCGCCUUCGAAGUCUUAUGGCGCACCCCAGCAGCCCUCACAGUCUUAUGGAGCGCCCGCGCAGCCAUCCUCAAAGUACGGACCUCCCAAGUCAGCGCCUUCGUCCAGCUACGGAGCACCGCGGCCAGCACCUCCCUCCUCUUCGUAUGGAGCCCCAGCGGCACCCUCUUCUUCCUACGGAGCGCCUGCACCACCUUCCAAGUCUUACGGAGCGCCUGCACCACCUUCAUCCUCUUAUGGAGCGCCUGCUGCACCUCCAUCUUCUUCCUAUGGAGCUCCCGCACCACCCUCCAAGUCUUACGGAGCGCCUGCCGCGCCUUCCUCAUCCUAUGGAGCACCUGCCGCACCACCCUCCAAGUCUUACGGAGCUCCUGCACCACCUUCAUCCUCUUACGAAGCGCCUGCACCACCCUCCUCCUCCUAUGGAGCACCCGCACCACCCUCCAAAUCGUAUGGCGCACCCGCACCACCAUCGCAGUCUUAUGGAGCACCUGCCGCGCAGCCCUCCUCUUCCUACGGCCCACCCAAGUCCGCACCUGCACCACCAUCCUCCAGCUAUGGAGCACCCGCCCCCGCACCACCAUCCUCCAGCUAUGGAGCACCCGCCCAAGGACCCACUAACUCCUAUCUGCCUCCCGUCUCGCGGCCCUCGAAGCCUUCCUCCGCCUACAAUGCGCCCAGCGUGAGCAGCUUCGUGCCACUGCCAUCGGCGCCCUCGACCAACUAUGGGGCUCCGUCGAAGACCCAGACGCUGGGCAGCAGUGGCUACACCUCGGGACCAGCUGCAUCUUAUGAGGCGCCAGCAGCACCUCCUUCAUCGUCGUAUGGUGCGCCAUCGGUCUCCUCAUCCUUCCAGCCAAUCUCAGCGCCCUCGUCCAGCUAUGGAGCGCCCAGCGCCGGUUCCAUCUCUGGCAGCUACGCCUCCGCUCCUUCCUCGUCCUACGGUGCUCCAAGCAAGGGUUCCAGCGGUGGUGGUUCAUACCAAUCGGCGCCUUCCAGCUCUUACUCCGCGCCAAGUCCCAGUGCCAACAGUGGUGGAUCGUAUGCUUCGGCUCCCUCCUCCUCAUACUCUGCGCCAAGUGCCAGCGCCAACAGCGGUGGAUCCUACCCAGCAGCGCCCUCGUCCUCGUACUCUGCACCCAGCCCAAGCUCCAACAGUGGCGGACCUUACCCAGCGGCUCCUUCCAGCUCUUACGGCGCUCCCAGCGCCAGCUCGAACAGUGGCGGCCCCUAUCCGGCUGCCCCAUCCUCUUCGUACUCUGCACCCAGAAGCAGCUCGAACAGCGGAGGACCCUACCCAGCUGCGCCCUCGUCCUCGUACGGGGCUCCAAGUGCUCCUUCGUCCUCGUACUCCGCACCAAGUCCCAGUGCCAACAGCGGCGGUCCUUACCCAUCGGCCCCAUCCAGCUCUUAUGGUGCACCCAGCAGUGGUUCCAACAGCGGCGGACCUUACCCAGCUGCUCCUUCGUCCUCGUACUCCGCACCAAGCCCGAGUGCCAACAGCGGUGGAUCCUAUCCAGCUGCUCCUUCCUCCUCGUACGGUGCACCCAGCAGCAGCUCGAACAGCGGCGGACCUUACCCCUCAGCACCAUCCAGCUCUUAUGGUGCUCCCAGCGGUAACGCCAUUGAACCCUCAUCUUCUUAUGGGGCUCCAGCCACAGGACCUGGACCCUCCUCGUCGUACAGUGCGCCUUCCUCAUCGUACGGUGCUCCUUCGUCGGGCUCUGGCUCUGGUAGCUUCAGCUCGGGAUCUGGCUCUAGCUCUGGCAGCUUCAGCUCGGGCUCUGGUUCUAGCUCUAGCAGCUUCAGCUCGGCAUCUGGUUCAACCUUCUCCGCAGCUCCUGCCUUUGGCUCCUCCUCGUCUUCCUCCGGCUCGUCUUCGUCUAGCGGUGGCUAUCCAUCGGCUCCGUCCUCCUCCUAUGGCGCUCCAUCCAGCUCGUAUGGAGCACCUGCGGCCGAUGGUCCCUCAUCCAGCUACAGCGCUGCACCCGCCAGCGGUUCGUCCAGCUCUGGCUCGUACCCCAGUGCACCCUCCUCCUCGUACGGGGCACCCGCAGAGGACUCUGGUUACAACUACUCCGGACCCAGCCAAGGCGUGCCCGAGACCAUCCAGCAGGGCUACAGCUCCGACGGUGGCUACACCUACCGCAAGAAGUGAGCCAGCCACAGCCCACGCAGCUGCCAAGUGCCUUCGAAUACUCGAAUAUCGCCCCCCAUCAUGUCAUCAUCUCCGCUUUCAUCUCCGCAAUGCGUCGCCAUUUUUACUCGUUAUCUUUAGCCGUAAAUUAUUCCCCGAAUGACGCAAAAUCCAUUUAAAUUUUGAACUCUA